UUGUUAAAAUAUACGCAUGAUAAUUUUUGGACCUCCAAAAUAACAGGUAUAAAUAAUGUAAUCUUUAUCGGCAUUAUCCUGAAGUAACACAAUAUGCUACGCACUGUAAUAAGAACGCGAUUUGCUUACUGCACAAAUGAGGUAUUCACUUUCCAAAAGAAACUUUAUGUCUCAAUCGCGGCACCGACUUUUUCGAAAUCUCGUUCACAUAAUGACCCAAGACAGUCAACCGAACUGCUUACCCUUUCUGUUUGUAACCAAAAUAAGACAGACCACAUUCGUAAUCCAAAGCUACCUAUAGAAUGCCUACCAUGGAUGCCUACGCCAUAUACGGACGUAAACAGUCCGAUCAACCAAUACAAAAAACUUUCAAAAUUUAGAUUGACAGCUUUAGUGGUUAUAACAACAAUGGGUGGAUAUGCAAUGGCACCUGCCGCAUUUGACUUAACGACAUUUGUUAUGUGUACGUUUGGAACGGGCUUAGUCUCAGCUGCAGCGAAUGCUAUUAAUCAGUAUCAUGAAGUUCCAUUUGAUUCACAAAUGUCGAGAACUAAAAACCGCGUACUAGUCACUGGUCAAAUAACUCCACUUAAAGCGGUUGGAUUCGCCCUCGCAUCAGGAGCAACAGGAUUGGGUAUGCUCUAUUUCGGGGUGAAUGGCCUCACCACCCUUCUGGGUGCAGGAAAUCUGUUACUCUACACUUCUGUUUACACACCAUUAAAACGCAUCAGUAUAUUUAAUACAUGGGUUGGCUCUAUCGUUGGAGCAAUACCUCCACUAAUGGGAUGGGCUGGGUGUGCAGGUAAUCUGGAUACAGGAGCAAUGAUUCUUGCCGGAAUUUUAUACGCGUGGCAGUUUCCGCACUUUAAUGCACUUUCUUGGAAUUUGAGACCAGAUUAUUCCCGUGCUGGUUAUCGUAUGAUGGCUGUUAUCAAUCCCGAUCUAUGUCGCCGUACUGCUCUGCGAUAUGCACUUGCUAUUUGCGGAUUGUCAUUAUUAGCACCAGUUGUUAACGUGACAAAUUACUGGUUUGCAUUGGAGACAUUACCUCUCAAUGCAUACUUUUGUUACCUUGCAUUCAAAUUUUACCACAGGUCCGACAGUAGAAGCUCUCGAAAGCUUUUUAGAUUUUCGUUAAUACAUUUGCCUGCUCUGAUGUUACUAUUUUUGGCAAAUAAAAAGCACUGGUAUUUUAGUGAAACUCUGGAUGAUGAAAAAACGGUGAAAAGUGAUUCAGCUUUGAUAUCUAUUCUUCCAGCAUCACCUGUUAGCAGUCUGCAACAGGUGUUGCCUGUGGCGGUAACUGUUGCUUCAAGAUGAGAAAAAUUAUGAAAUUUCUAAUAAACUUGUCUGAAUAUAGACGUCUUGUGUAUAUUA